AUGCUAUGUUAUUUGAAAGAGGAUUUCCAAAUUCAUCGAGCGCCUUUCCUCGUUUCCCUCUUUUCCUCUUUUCCCUCUUUCAUCUUCCAUCAAGAAAUCCUCCAUCGAGCAUCAUCUUCCAUCGAGAAAUCCUCCAUCGAGCGUCAUCUUCCAUCCUGCAGUCUGAUUAGAGAAAGUAGCAGUCUCCCUCUCUGCUACUGUGAUGCUGUGGUGCUGCCAUUGCUGAGAAAAGCAAUUCAAAAUGGAACAAAGGCAGCAAAGAUGCAUAAAAGAGGAAGGAAUCUGAUGCACGAUUGUUCCAAUGCUUGAAGCUGUGAUAGCUGUUGUCCAUGUUGAGAAGCUUGUUGUACAUUUCCAUGACACAUAUGGGCAAUCUCUUUCAAACAUUCUCAUUUCCAUCCAAGUAAGCAAAACUUGAAUAAAUUUGUUGUACUAAUGCAAAUUGGUCAAUUUGUGAAGAUAGUUUCUUAUUUGAUAUGUGGCGCAAUGCUGAAUGAUUGAGAAAAAAUGGGAGUUAGGAAGAGGACCGCUGGGAUUUUUAAAAGUUUAGG